ACAAUCAACAUUCUCCUUCUAAUUACCUUUAACCCCGCAAAACCCUUCUCUCUCUUUUUCCUCUUUCAUUUCUUCUUCCGAGAGCAGCAGCAGCAGCCAGCAACCAAGCCAUGGCUGCUCCCGAAGCUCCCGUACGCUACGUCGGCAUCGACCGCCAAUCCGCCGCCUUCCGCCUCAUGAAGCAAAUGGGUUGGGAAGAAGGCGAAGGUAUUGGGAAAGAUAAGCAAGGUAUCAAAGGUUACAUCAGAGUUCAAAACAAACAGGAUACGUCUGGUAUUGGAGUUGAGAAGCCUAAUCAUUGGGCAUAUGAUACCUCACAAUUCGAUAACAUAUUGAAAAAAUUGAAAGUGCAAGCAGCGGAGACAAAUAUAGAAGUUGAAGAAGAUACAGAUAAGCAAGUGAGUUCUGAAAUUUGUGAAGCUGUUGUGGCAGUAAAAUCAGUAAAGGUUACUCGACCUCAAGGACGGUAUAAGAAGAGGGAAAAAGGAAAGCUAGUUCACAACUAUUCUUCUCUGGAUCUUGAAGGAAUACUUGGGAAGAAGUCUGAGGAAUCGACAAUUCCGACAGAAGAUGAAUCAGAGACAAAAGUUUUUGAUGAGCUUCCCUAUGAUGCUGAAGUAAAGGAGAUUGUUGAAUACCCGCCAGAGUGGUGGGGCUACAAGUAUGGUUUUGUUAUUGGGGGUUUUCUAGGAGCCAAAUCUAAGAAGAGGAAAGCAGCUGAUGAGGCUUCUACUGGUAACAAAAAGAUCGGUUUUGCUGAAGAAGAUCAAGAGAAUUUAUACAAUCUUUGUCAAGAUAAAAAAACAACUGGGAGACAAGGUCUUGGUAUGAAAGACAGGCCUAGAAAAGUUGCUGGUGUUCACUGCGGAGGGAAAAAGACGACUUUUGGAGACAGUGAUUGUGAUGAUGAAGAUUCUCAGAGUGCUGGUUCUGUAGAGAGAGAAGAACAUGAUGAGAUGCCUGUAAUCAACAGUGGUAGAGAGUCAAAAGUGAAGUUGAAAAAUCUGUGCCGCCAGUUGCUUCGUCAGGUACCUGGUAAAACUUUAAAGCUGAAAGAGCUGAAAGCUAUGGUUGAUCAGCACUCUGCUACAGUUUUCUCUAGUUUCUCUUCUAAAGCGGACACUCUUUCUUUUCUAAAACAAAAGCUUCCUGUUUGCUGUAGCUUGAAGGGAGUUCAAAAUUCUGCGUGGAGGGAAAGAGAGUGAUCUUAUCGUCAAAGAGAAGGUAAAAUUUUGCAGAUGUGUCAUGAAUGUUACGAUAUGUACAUUGCAGAUCGGAUGCAAAGCCUCUACUACAGUCAUGCAAAUCUCAUACUACUGUAAAGCUGCGGUGGGCUGUGAGGUUUUAAAUAUUCUUAAUUAUAGUUAUUUUUAUUGAUGUUAGUGGUAAUGUUUUCCACAAUGAGAAUGUAAUUCUUUUCGUUAGAAGGUAACAAGUGAGCAUUAUAUUUAUCGGUAUCAACUAUCAAGUCAUUGCAUGCUUUCAAUAUGAAGGAAUUAGGAUGGUAUCAUUGUAUCACUCACAUUCUACCAGUAGUUUCAAUUUAUUUGAUUUGCUCUUUCAUUACA